AUGACUACAGUUGGACAAACCAGCAGUGGCUCCAACGCAUUGGCGGAGGAGCAGAGUUACGCAGGGAUGGAUGAGAGGAAAAGGAAGAGGAUGAUCGCCAACAGAGACUCAGCCAGAAGAUCCAGGAUGAGGAAGCAGAAGAUGCUGGAGGACUUAACCAGUGAAAUGACCAGGCUCCAAUGCGAGAACAGUGGCAUUGUGGGCAAAAUUGAUGAGACCAGAGAGAGGCACAUGCUGUUUGAGGCAGAGAACAAUGUGUUGAGGGCUCAAGCAAUGGAAUUGACUGAGAGGCUGAAGUCCACGAUCAGUGUCUUGGAGAGGAGUGGGCUAAAACUGGAUAGUCCUGCUAGGCCAGAUUCUUUGCUUGAGCCAUGGUGCCUUCCAUGCUCGUUGCAGCCUUCCAAGACUUCCUUGGAGUCCUUGAAGUCAUGA